UUUUCAUUUUUCAGAGAUAGUUAUACCAUCGGCUGUAUGACCGUGCCCAAUGCUAAAAAGUGGUUUGAAGAUGUACUGACGACCUCAGCUUGGCUCGCUGAUGAUCAUAUCGACUUGGCUAUGGAAUUGUUACGCGAUCGGGCGCGGAGAUACCCGAGAUCGUAUGACAGUCCUACUCGAGUUAUCUUGAGCGCUGAGUUCGUUCGUGUCGUAGAUAUUGAGCAUCAGGAGCUCCUAAGCAAGGGGAAUGAUUAUGUUCUGUCUGAGUACAUGCUGGAGUGGGUGAUUGGACUACAGUUGAGGUGCGGAAAGCCGUGGACGGAUUGUACACAUAUGUACAUUCCAGUGAUCGUGAACUCACACUGUUUUUUGGUGGAGAUCGUAUUUGCUGAUUCCACCAUAUAUGUGUACGACUCUGAUCAUAGUUGUCUGACACAAAGUCAAUUGGAGCAAAUACUGGAGCCAUUGGCUGUGAUCGUGCCCAUGAUGGCUAGUCAUGCGAUGAUUCGAGUAAAUGAUAGAUUAGCCAUUGUACGGAACACGACGACGGUGAGACAAGAAAGAUCGGGUGACUGUGGCAUAUUUGCAAUCAAGUACAUAGAGUUCUUGAGCAUUGGUCGCAAUGUUGAUACAAUAAAUCAGUCUUCGAUUGAUAUGUGGAGGCAUAAAUUAGCUUGCGACUUGUAUGAUUAUAAUUGUGAUCCUUAGUACAUUGUAAAUUAUUUUAUUAAAAUGUAAAUGUUGUUUACUUCAGUAGAAUUCGUGUUGUACUGAAAGAAAGAAAUAAUCGAAAUAGAGUAUAUUGUAUGA